CCCUCAUUAACCCUUCCUCCCCAACCCAAUGUCGGUUGACAUCAACUGGGAGACGCUGACAGGAGGGCCCGAUGGACAAGCACUCGCCGAAGGCAUACGGGACUUCAUCCACGAGCGCUUCCAGCAAAUCUCCUUCCCCAAACUGAUCCGCUCGGUCAAAGUGCAUGCCUUUGAUUUCGGCACGGUCGCGCCCGAAAUCACGCUGAAGGAUGUCUGCGAGCCUCUGCCGGACUUUUACGAGACGCAGGAUGGGAGUGAGGAUGCGGAGGACGAGGAGCUGAAUGAGCGGCCUACGCCUAUUCCUACUCAUGUCAAACCGCCUUUGCAUUCCGCGGCUGGGGCUCGCAACGGGCGGAGCAGAGAUCAUUCCCGCCGGCCUUCGGAGCUCGAAUUGCUCGAUGCCGUUGCCAGCCCUUCUCUCACUCGGGGAGCGAUCCUGGGCAGCACCUCCAACUUUGGCUAUUUCCAUCUCCCCGGCAUCCCUGGCACCACCACGCCUCUGGCAGCCGUAGCAGGAGCGCAACACUACGCCAACGGCACCACGCCCUUCGCCGCACAUCCAUCCCAACGAGUCUCCAACGAACCCACCUCGCCAACAUCCAGCGCCUCCCCGACCUCCCGCCCCGUCUCGCGCGACUACACAAACCUCGACUCCCACCGCGCCGCCUCCUCCACCCUCGACGGCCAAGACGACGCCCAAACCCCCCGACCCACAGAAGUCGAGCGCAACCCCGAAGACCUACAGGUCGUCUUCCACGCCACCUACUCCGGCGACGUGCGCCUCUCCAUGACCGCCGACGUCUUCCUCGACUUCCCCAUGCCCAGCUUCGUCGGCAUCCCACUCAAACUCACCAUCACCGGCAUCACGUUCAAUGGCGUAGGCGUGCUCGCGUCCAUCAAGAAGCGCGCGCAUCUGUGCUUCCUCAGUCCGGAGGACGCAGAAGCGCUGGUGGGAAGCGAGAGCGCGACGAUGCCGCAGUCGCCCGGCGGAGAGGAAAGCGGCGGCGGCGGCGGCAGUCCCACUACGACCGCGACCGCUCAGCCGAGUAGAGUCGGCGCUUUGCUCGAGGAGAUUAAGAUUGAGAGCGAAAUGGGGGAGACGGGGGAGGGCAAGCAGGUGCUGAAGAACGUGGGCAAGAUUGAAAAGUUCAUCCUCGAGCAGGUGCAGCGCAUCUUCGAGGAGGAGUUUGUAUAUCCCAGCUUCUGGACGUUUCUCGUAUGAGCGCGGGAUGCGAGAAGUGCUUUUGCUGUUUAGCAGGGGUGCCGGGGCGAAUUCGAUGCGUCACAUGUGUGGCGUUGUCCUCGCGUUGUUGUACCGCAGACGUCAAUCGGAUGUCAAGCGGCCGCGGCGGUGAAACGGAGUCACGGCGGACGAACGCUGUGACUGCCAGCCCCAUCUUGCACUACCAAACGCCGGCGUCAUGGACGUUGCACACGUCUCAACGACAUUUACUGACAGGCAAACAAUGGACAUCGUGUGCCGGCUGUCCAACCAAAAGCGAGCAAACA